AUGACUAACUUUAUUGAAGAAUCAAUGAUUAUUAAUCAUCUUACAUCUCCAUAAAAAUAAAAUAAUCCAAAUUAAUCACCUUUACAUUUGACUCCAAUACUCCCCAAUUCUUAUAAUCAUUAAAGCAGACAAAGCAGCAAAGCUAAUUUACUUGAUCUUCAAAAUAAUAAAAUAGUUGAUUAAUAAGAUUCAGAGAAUGUAGAUAAUCCUAUGAGCAGCUUAGUUGAUUUAACACAAGAUGAUGCUAAAGAGAAUGAGCCAGAGCUUGAUGUAAAAUAAGUCUUAACUGAAAUAAAUGAUCCAUAAACAAUUUCUUUUUGGAAUUAGAUGAAAUUUAGACAAGAAAUCAAGCAUAAUUAUAACCAAAGUUAAUUAUCAUGAAUACUGCUAAUACAACCCAUCAUUAAAUAGAGAAACACAAGUAAGUUAUUUUAUAAAUUGGCAAUAAAAACUAAAAUCAACAUCAAUAAUCAACUAUAUAGAUAAUUGAAUAAUAAUCAAUUCAAUAAGAUGUUAAGAAACCAAAACCAAUUGAUAAGAAAAUGAUUGAAAAUUUGAAAGAGAUUUUUAUAUUUUAUUCAAAAUAAGCAAUAACUACAAAUAAAUAUAAUACCUUUGAUAAACUAUAAUAAUUAUCGAGCAUUAUGAUUUUGUAAAAGUUCAUGUUUUUUUGCAAAGAUUUUGAACUCAUAGAUUUAGAAAUUACCAAUGAUUUGAUUCUUAAACUUGGUGGUAAAUUAGAUAUAAUAAUAAAUAAGAAUAAAAAUUAGUUUAAAUUCAAUCAUAAGUAAAACUUUAUAUUAACUAAAUUUAACUUAGUUGAAAUAUAUAAAAAAUAUGCAAAUUCUCAAAUGGAAUUGACAUUAGAUAAUUUUUAAAUGAUUAUCAUCAAACUUUCUUAAUUAAUCUUUCCAGAAUAGAAUGAUUUAUUUUAUGAAUAUUUGGGUUUAAACAAUCCAAAAUAAUAUAGAAAGAAAAUGUUAAUUAUAGGUAAACCAUUUAAUUCUAAAGAACAAACAGAAAUUUUAACAUAGGAAAAACUUUAUGAAAGAAAGAUAUAUUUACCUCCAAAACCAAAAAUUAGAUUUGAAAGUGUUAAAAAAGAAAGACAAACUAUAGAAAUUUAAUUUCCAAAAGUUAAUUUGAGUGCAAGAUGUAAGAUGAAAUAAAAAUAAGAUGAAACUUUUGAUAAGAAUGAAAAUUAUAUUAAUUGGGAUGAUUUAGAUUAUUUAUAAUAAAAUUUUGAUCCAAAAUAAUUUAUUUUAGAAUAAGACUUAAUUGAUAAAGAAGAUGAUUAUUAUUUAUAAGAAUAUUAAAAACAUGGAUAAAUUUAAAAAAAGAAAAUAUAAGAUUAAAUGAUCAAUUUAAAAUAGUUAUAAAUUAAAAUUCCUCAAUUUUCUAUUGAAAGCAAUAUCUUAAGUUCUCAUAAUAAUAAAAUAAAUAAUAAUAUGUUGACUACUGGAAAUACAAGGCCUUCAAAUAACAAAUCAUUUGAUUUUUAUGAUAACUAAUAAAAAAAGAAAUCACUUGGCUAAUCUCCUUAAAAUAUAGAACUAACCUGUUUGGAGAAAUAAAAUUAAAUUUAUAGAGCAUUUUUGAAUUAAUAAUCUUAUAGAGAAAGAAUGGUUAAUAAAAAAAAAUUAUUUUUGAUUUGA